AUGUCAUGCCCUCGUGAGCUACGACUCCAAGGCACAUCAUGGAUCAGGUAUCAUGAUACCAAUAAAAGCCUGGUUUUGGUAGCCAACGCAGAGGCGGUCAAUGCUACGACAUCCGAGCGAGCCGCCAUAAUACCAACUAAUACCCCGGGCCUCAAGGAUACUGGCAGCCUUAUUCACGACACUGUACAGAGUAUGGUCGACAAUCCGAUCCAUGGACGAGGUAAAGGAACAUUAAACGAAAAUUUCGCUCUUGGAGCUUCAGCGUCGAUCUCGUCGGUCAACGAAUUCCCACAUCGGGUGCUACAAUCUUUACAGAACCCGCAAUGGUCCGUCUUAGCUCAGGUCCAUCGGAUUUUACUAUUCUUGUUUUGGUCUCUGAACUCGGCCGAUUUUUUUCUUCAAUUUUUUUUAAAGAAAACAUUUUUAAUCACUCAUUCGAUAUGCAAAGAUUUGAAUAUUCGGGCCUCGGCCUAUUGA